ACAAACCUCAGGAUGUGGAAUUGAUUCCUCUCUUAGACACUGUUGUUGAAUUUAUACAAGUCAUGAAUGGUUGCAUUUAAAUACAUUCAAGUUCAAAAUGUGUGACAUUUUAAAUAAGUAGUCAGUAUUUUAAAUCCGCUAAGUAAUAUUUUAUUUCAUUUAUAUUUGGAGAUAUUUAACAUUGUCUAUUGAAAAUGACCUGAGUAUGUUGUAAACAUAUGUGAACUGUGUUAAUGAGUGAAGAAUUUGAAUAUAUUUCAAAACUGUUUCUUUUGGUGGAUUGAAAAAAGAUAUAGAGUUUGAUGUUGUGGAUUGUGGAUGAGGAUUUUAGUUUGAAUUGAACAUGGCUUUGAAUGUUCGUUCUGGUCAUGGGUCAACUCUGCCCAUUUUUCGUGAAGGCAGUGGGCUAGUUCAGGGUUUACAAAGUGUGGGGAUACCAAAGGAACAGAAUGGUAACCAUGGUGAUAACCCUUAUGUGACCUAUGUAAAUGUGAAUAAAUUCGAAAACAAUUGGGAGGAUUUAGAUGAUGAAUUUUCCAGUAAGGAAAUAUUUGACACAAAUGCAUCAGAACAACCUGUUAGAACAACUGCAAAGGAUCAGACUAGACCAAGACAACGAGAAGAAACAUUUUAUAGUGAACAGGAAGUUCCCACUGUUCCAGUUCAUGUUGACCCGUCUAAUAACUGGACAUGGCAACCCACGCGUGAUCAUGAAAAAUCUGAACAGGAAAGUUUUUCUCUGGAAAGUUACAAAAUUCAAAGUAGACCAAGACAGAUGGAAGAGACCUUUUAUACUGAACCAGGUGUUCCAUCUGUGAUGAACAAGUCAUCCUCUGAUUGGACACAAUCUGUCAUGAAAGGUCAAGGUUAUUUGGAACAAGAAAUCUUAGGGACUACCAAUGUGAAAAAAGAAACUUCUAAUGCUACUGACCACAGUAGAUCUAGAAAAAGUGAUUUAUUUCCAUUAGUGAAAGAUGCGUCUUCUGUUGAUUCGACACAGCCUUGUUCACAAGGUCAAGGUUAUUUUGAACAAGAAAAAUUACCUAUAGACACAGCUGAUGUGAACAUGGAAUCAGCUUACAACUUAAGGAACAGAUUUGAGGGGAAAAUAUUUGAAACUCGAAAAUUUCAUUCAAGUGUGGGAUCAGCAGACAGAUCGGAAGGAGGAAGUGUUGGUUGUUGUGGAUAUAUCUUAUGGUGUCUGUCAAUCCUACUUAUCAUCUGUACGUUUCCAUUCUCUAUGUGUUUAAGUAUAAAGGUUGUUCAAGAAUAUGAAAGAGCAGUGAUAUUCCGACUUGGUAGACUGGUUUCUGGUGGUGCUAAGGGACCAGGUUUGUUUUUUAUCAUACCCUGUAUUGACUCCUAUACGAAGGUGGACAUGAGGACAGUAUCUUUUGAUGUUCCCCCACAAGAGAUUUUGACGAAAGAUUCUGUAACCGUGGCAGUUGAUGCUGUUGUGUAUUAUAGGAUACAGAAUGCCGCCAUGUCAAUAACAAACGUGGAGGAUUCUAACAGGUCAACUCGUCUUCUUGCCGCUACUACCCUCAGAAAUGUUCUUGGAACAAAGAAUCUCAGUGAAAUUUUGUCAGACAGGGAAACCAUCAGUCACGUUAUGCAGGGUAAUUUAGAUGAAUGCACGGAUCCAUGGGGUAUCCGUGUUGAACGAGUUGAGAUUAAAGAUGUCCGUCUGCCAGUACAGUUACAGAGAGCAAUGGCUGCUGAAGCAGAAGCUGCAAGAGAAGCCAGAGCUAAGGUGAUUGCUGCCGAAGGUGAACAGAAAGCUUCUCGUGCCCUGAAAGAAGCAGCAGAUGUUAUGGCGGAGUCUCCAGCGGCUAUACAGCUCAGAUACUUACAGACACUCAAUACAAUAUCAGCAGAAAAGAACUCAACCAUUAUUUUCCCUCUGCCUAUUGAUUUGAUGCAAAGCUUUAUGAAAUACACUGGAGGUGCAAAGGAGACAACCCAAGCACACUUCUAAAGAAAUUAAAUAUCUACAAAAUCAACUAUUAUUUCAACUUGCCUGUUGAUUCACUAUACUCAUAUUUCAUGUUGUCCGAGGGAGACAACAUAGGGAACUUGCCAGAAAAGUACAUCUAAUGGUUCAAAUUUAUAUUGUCCUUGUUUUAAAAAAACCCAUAUGAAACUAAGAUUUACUAAAGUUUGUUUCUGAUGUUUAUUUAUAAUUGCUGGCAGAAAGGUAUUCACCAUAACAAAAGUAACAAUAUCAAUAUAAAUAUAAAUUAUUAUAUGUUUUGUUAUGAAAGGAGCAAUGAGAUAAAAAUCAGGAUAAAAACACAAU